GAUUUUACUUCCUCUCAGUAAAUAUGGCGAAGGUGAAUGAGGAAGACAACCUUCUCAUGUUUGACAAACAACUGUUAAAAGGGAUCGACCUCAGUAAAGGAGAGUGUAGAUUGCAUGAAUGCGGUUUAUCAGUGGAAAAUCCUGGUGACAAUUUGAUUUUGAGACCUUUAAGUGCAGACGAUUAUGAUAAAGGUUUCUUGCAACUUCUAGGGCAGCUUACUAAGGUUGGAGAAGUGACCAAAGAAAAGUAUUUAGAGCGUUUCCAUGCUAUGCAGUCCUGUCCUAGUACAUAUUAUCUUAUUGUAAUAGAAGAUGUAGAACUGGCAAAACUAGUGGCUUGUGGAACACUGGUUGUAGAACAGAAAUUCAUCCAUGACAUAGCUGUGAGAGGCAGAAUUGAGGACAUAGUUGUUGACAACAGUUGCAGGGGCAAAAAAAUUGGAAAACUGAUCGUUGAGACACUGAUUUUACUCGGCAAGAAACUAGGAUGUUACAAGAUCAGUCUGGAGUGUAAAGAUCCCUUGUUACCUUUCUACACACAAUUUGGUCUCAAGCAUGAAGACAAACAGAAUUAUCUUUGUAAAAGAUUCUUUCACUGACAACAGAAUAUCACAUCAUGGCUUGUUAAUUUAUGUUUAUUAGAUAUCAUAUAUUUCUUUAAUUGUUUCCAAUCCAAAGUAAUUAUAAGUUACUUGUGAUCAAUAAGAUCCAAAAACUAUUUCUAUCAAGUAGAUAUUACUGUACAAGUUUAAGAGUGA